UGUAGCCAAACAUUGGUCUUUUUUUUCCCUUAAGCAUUAAGCAAGGACCACCAGCACAGCCAGCAACUUAAGCAAAAGCAGUUUUACUAAAAGCAUCGGGAUUCGGAAUCAGUCUCAGAGAUGAUGAACGACGGUGACGAGGAAGCACCGUUCGACCUCGAGAUCCCACUUCAUCUCCGUCGUUUGCAGAUGGAGGUAGCACGACGGCACAUACGGCGCUAUUUAGAAGCAAGAGACGACAAUCUCAUCCAUUCCAAUAUCAAUUAUUUCAACCAUAACAUUGGCAAUCGUUUUCGUGAGCCGUCGUCGGCUGCGGCGGCGGCGGCAUCCAAGGCGUCCAUAGACGCCAUGCCGAGAGUGACGAUCACGGUGGUCGGCGCCGACUGCGCUAUCUGCAUGGGGGACUUGGAAAUCGGCGGUGAAGCCAGAGAAAUGCCUUGUAAGCACAGGUUUCACUCGCCUUGUAUCGAAGCGUGGCUGUGCCGGCGAGCAUCCUGCCCGCUUUGCAGGUUCCCUGUUCCCAAGGAAGAACACCAUUAGCAUUAGGUUAUGGCAUUGUGAAUUUGUGAUUGUGGUUUGUUAAUCUUGAUUAGUCCCUUGAUUAAUUAGCUAAUGUAUUAAUCUUUAGUUUUGGAAUUGUCA